CGCCUUGGGGGCGUGGGCGUGGGUGGAGCUAGGGGCGGGGCCCCGCCAAGGCUCGCACUGGCUUGGUCCCGCGGUGACGGCGGCAGCAGCGGCGGUAGCGGCGGCUGAGACUGGCAUCGGGGCACCGAGCCGGAGCCGAGCGGAGCCGGAUCCCGGGGGAGCGCGUCUGCUGCAUGUGAUGAAAGUGUCUGCUCUCAGGGAAGGCACAGCCAUGGCUUCCCCACCGCCCCGGGAGACGGAGGAGGAGCUGGGAUCUGCUGGCUCUGAGCCAGGUGACCCUCGAGCCAAACCCCCUGUCAAGCCCAAACCCCGGGCCCUGCCCGCCAAGCCAGCCCUGCCCGCCAAGCCCAGCCUGCUGGUGCCUGUUGGGCCUCGGCCCCCCCGGGGUCCUCUGGCUGAGCUGCCUUCUGCCCGGAAGAUGAACAUGCUGGCGGGCCCCCAGCCCUAUGGUGGCAGCAAGCGUCCCCUUCCCUUUGCACCCAGACCUACGGCUGAGGCCUCUACUGGAGGGGAGGCCACCCGGGAGCCCGGGAAAGAGGAGCCUGCUAAAGAAGAGAUGCCCCCCUUGACGCCACCGGCUCGAUGUGCGGCCCCGGCGGGUGUGCGCAAGGCGCCUGCCCCCUUCCGUCCAGCCUCAGAGCGCUUUGCGGCCACCACCGUGGAGGAGAUCCUGGCCAAGAUGGAACAGCCGAGGAAGGAGGUCCCGGCCAGCCCCGACCGCCUCUGGGGUUCCCGCCUCACCUUUAACCAAGACGGCAGCUCAAGAUACGGCUCCAGGACGUAUGGUGUGGCCCCAGGUCCCAGGGAGGCGGAUGGCAGGACCCUCUCUAGGGAACAGUCCCAGGAGGGGCCAGCAAAGCCUCCCGCUGAGUGCCCCGGAGAGCCCAGCAAGACCCCCGAGGAAAGGAACUCCCCGUCAGACCUGGCCUUCAACGGGGACCUGGUUGCGCCAGCCAGCUCUGAGCCACCUACUGACGUUUCCAAGCCUCUGGUCCCCUUAAGUCCAGGCCCCACCUUGGAGAAUGGAGACUCUGCCGCCCCAGCCUUUGGCCCAGAAGCCUCAGGCCCAGCCCUCACGUCUCCCCACCUUUACUCACCUGAUAAGAGUUCUCACCAUCACCGCUUCCAGAACCCCAGAGCCCUGGGGUUCCCGGGGCUUCUCCCUGCCUCCCCAAGACUCCAGCAUCCCCAACCAUGGCCCCGCCUGGUGAGGGCUCCUGCCACCUACCUAGUCUGGGGCUCCCUGUUGUGGAACCCCAGAGGCCCCCAGACCUGGCAGCCCUCUCCUCCCGGAGGUCUUGGGGCACCACAGCUCAGAGCAGCCCCCAGCCGCCUCGCCCCAGCCCCUGACAGAGGGUGGAGAGUUGCUGAACCUCCCUCGGACGUUUCCAUCUGGGGAAGUGGCGGCCACUGGUGAUGCGGCUGUCCGUCCAGUCAC